AUGAAGGCGGCACUGAUGGAGACGAACGAGGCAGUUGUGGUGCGCGUAUUUCACGGGACGGUGGUGCAUUCGCUCGCUCUUGAUCAGCUCGACGUGGUGCCGCGUGCCUGGCUCGGCGUUGAUGCCACCGGCCGCAUCGCCUUCCUGCAGGAUGGUAGCCUCGACCGUCCGGCCCUCAUCCUCAAGCACAAGCUUAGCGAGGCCGUCGAAUUCGUAGAGUUGCCCCGACGAGGUUUCAUCGUGCCAGGCAUGGUGGACACCCACGCCCACGCGCCGCAGUUCGUGAACGCCGGCAACGGACUCGACAUGCCGCUGCUCGAGUGGCUCGAGACCUACACCUUCCCCGCCGAGACCCGCUUCAAGGACGCCGACUAUGCCAAGAAGAUUUACACGGCGGUGGUGCGUCGCUCGCUCGGACUGGGCACCACAACCAUCAGCUACUUUGGCACCAUCCACGCGCCCGCCAACAAAGUCCUCGCCGAGGCGGCGGCCAAGUACGGGCAGCGGGCGUUCGUGGGCAAGGUGUGCAUGGACCGCAACUCGCCGGCGCACUACGUCGAGACCACGGCCGACUCGCUGCGCGACACGGCGCACUUUUGCGAGGAGGUGCUGGCCAUGGGCGACCCGCUCAUCACCCCCAUCCUCACCCCCAGGUUCACGCCGACGUGCACGAUGGAGUUGAUGACGGGCCUCAGCGAGAUCGCGCGGAAGCACGACCUCCCCAUUCAGACCCACGUCUCCGAGAGCAAGGCUGAAGUCGCCUGGGUGAAAGAGCUUCAUCCCGACCAGCCUACCUACACCCAUACCUACCACCAAGCCGGCUUGCUCACCAAGAAGACCGUCCUCGCCCACGCCGUCCAUUUGACGGAGCCGGAGGAGGACCUUGUGUUGGCGCAGCAGGCGGGCAUUUCGCACUGCCCCAACUCCAAUUUUUCGCUGCUGAGCGGGAUGUGCCCCGUGCGACGCUUCCUCAACAAGGGCAUCAAGGUCGGCCUCGGCACCGACGUCUCUGGCGGUUUUUGCCCCAACAUGCUUGACGCGUUCCGUUUGGCCAUCAUUGCUUCCAAGAUGGUGCACACCGAGCACACCGAGCUCGCGCCGCUGAACGUGGCUGAGGGCUUCUACCUGUUGACCCUCGGCGGCGCGCGGGUGCUCGACAUCGACGACAAGGUGGGCAACUUCCUCGUCGGCAAGGAGCUGGACGCGCUGGUGGUGGCCCCUUUCGCAGAGGGCUCGCCAAUCGACGAGUUCGACGCGGAAGAUGUGAGCAGCAGCGGCGGUGAUGACGAGGCGGCCAUCAAGCGCACGCUGGAGAAGUGGCUCUUCCUGGGCGAUGACCGCAACCUGGCCCAGGUCUACGUGUGUGGCCGCCCCGUACUCCCCUUCGCCCUUUGA